AUGCGCACCGCCGCCCCUCUGGCCAUCGCCGGCAUCCCGCUCGAGCCCGUGGACCCGAGGAAGAUGGAGUCCAUGGAUGAUGGGAAGGAGCGGCGGCUGCCUCGUGGUGACCUCGAUGCUGCUACUGCUAUAGCAUCCUAUAGUCCGGGAACCUAUAAUGUGCUCAAUAAAUCCAUGUUUAUACCUUCCAAGUUUCACUUGCAUGUUUCCCUUGUAUUUGAUGUUGUGGCUGCAGCAAUGGUUGAUGACAACAACAGCCUUGUAGCUUCAGAAGCAACUUCACAGCAAAAUUUAUAUGAGUGGUUCGUUUUGCCUUCUUUGAUUUACAAAUUGCUAAGGAGCGGAGCAUGGAGCAGGGCUCUGAGUCGUGGUGGGUUAUGUCGGAGGGCUCUGGGUUAUGGCAGGGAAGGAGCGGAGGAACUGUGCAUCCGGGGAUGGCGUGACCGCCGAUCAUAUCCGUCGCACUGGUGCUUGACAGGUCAAAUGAUCAGCAAGGCAUGUGACAGCAUCUUCAGGCCCAACUCUCACUCUGCUGUCUCCCAUUCAACGCACUCGUCGAUGCUAGGGGUGGAUGGUUCUUUGAUGUUGGCACAACUGGAGACAGCAAGAAGCAGAGGGAGGGAGGCUAUCAUGUUGAAGAAGACGCCGGCACCCUGA